AUGGAAGUAAAACCAACAAGGAUGACUCUACAAUUAGUAUAUAGGUCUGUAAAGUACCCAUUUGGAGUUAUUGAAGAUGUCUUGGUGAAAGUUGACAAAUUCACUUUUCCAGUGGAUUUUGUUAUUCUAGACAUGGAGGAGGAUACUGAAGUCCCCCUCAUAUUGGGUAGACCUUUCAUGAAGACUGCUAGAGUCAUAAUUGAUGUUGAUGAUGGUCAUUUGAAGGUGAGGUUACAUGAUGAAACAAUUACCUUUAAUGUUGUGGAAGUUAUGCAACACCCAAAAGAUAGAGGGAACUGUUUCAGAGUUGAAGUAUUGGAUGAUGUGGUGGAGAAAGUUAGAAGUCAGAUGUAUGUGAAAUCUCCCUUAGAGCGUGUUUUGGUGUAUGCAUGUGAGGAGCUCACUGUUGAAGAAGAAUCUGAAGUGGAGGAGAUUUCACAACAUUUGGAAAAAUUGAAAGAGGAGAAAUCCACUGAUGUGAAAGUGGAAAAACUGGAAAAGGCUGACUUGGAUGAUCAGGAAAAAAUGGAAUUUAAAAUGCUGCCUGAUCAUCUCAAGUAUGUGUUUUUAGAGGAAAAUUCCAAGAAGCCAGUGAUCAUAAGCAAAUCUCUGUCAAACAGUGAAGAAGAAAAGUUGACUAUGAUGGAACAAGACUUUAAACCCAUAGCACAACCACAGAGGAGAUUGAAUCCUAUGUUGAAAGAGGUGAUGAGAAAAGAAGUUCUUAAAUUGCUUGAAGCAGGAAUGAUAUAUCCUAUCUCAGACAGUGCUUGGAACCUCGAUGUAGUAUUGAAAAGAUGUAUUGCCACGAACCUUGUUCUAAAUUGGGAAAAAUGCCAUUUUAUGGUUCGUGAGGGAAUUGUCUUAGGACAUAAGAUCUCAUCCAGGGGAAUAGGUGUAGAUCAAGCAAAGGUUGAUGUGAUUGAGAAGCUACCACCUCCUACAAAUGUCAAAGGGGUAAGAAGCUUUCUUGGACAUGUUGGGUUCUACAGGAGAUUCAUAAAAGAUUUCUCCAAGAUCGCUAAACCCCUUUGUAAUUUGCUUGUGAAAGACACUCCAUUUGAGUUUGAUGGGGAGUGUCUUAAAGCUUUUGAAGUUCUGAAAGAGAAGCUUAUUUCAGCCCCUGUUGUAGUCGCACCAAACUGGACUCAGGAUUUUGAGUUAAUGUGCGAUGCUAGUGAUUAUGCUAUUGGGGCUGUGUUGGGACAGAGAUGUGGCAAAAUUUUUCACGUUAUUCAUUACGCCAAUAAAGUUCUGAAUGGUGCACAAUUGAAUUAUGCUCUUGAAAAGUUUAGACCGUAUCUGAUAGGGUCUAAAAUUAUUAUUUACACUGACCAUUCAGCCAUCAAAUAUUUACUGGCGAAGUCUCAUUCAAAGCCACAUCUCAUAAGAUGGGUUUUACUGCUUCAGGAAUUUGAUCUAGAAACCAAAGAUAAGAAGGGGAGUGAGAACGUAAUAGCAGAUCAUUUGUCUCGCCUUCUUAACACUGAGGUGACUGAUAAGGAAGGAGAAAUUAAGGGAGAAUUCAUUGAUGAGCGUCUGAUGCUCAUUCAACAGAGCCCAUGGUUCGCAGAUAUUGCAAAUUUUAAGGCUGCAGGAAUUCUCCUUGAUGACUUGACUUGGCAGCAAAAGAAGAAGUUUAUUCAUGAUUCCAAAGAAUGUCUUUGGGAUGAUCCUUAUCUCUUCAAGUUGGGUGCUGACCGCUUAUUCAGGCGGUGUGUUACAGUAGAGGAAGCUGUUAGUAUCCUAUGGCAUUGUCAUAAUUCGCCAUAUGGAGGACACUUCAAUGGAGAAAGGACUGCCGCCAAAGUGCUUCAAUCUGGUUUCUUUUGGCCAACCUUGUUCAAAGAUGCACAUGCUCAUGCAAAAGGUUGUGAUAAAUGCCAAAGAACAGGAAGCAUUUCAAAGAGACAUGAGAUGUCACUGCAGGCAAUUUUAGAAGUUGAAGUGUUUGAUUGUUGGGGAAUGGAUUUCAUGGGACCAUUACCUUCUUCCUACAACAACGAAUACAUUUUAGUGGCAGUGGAUUAUGUCAGUAAGUGGGUAGAGGCUGCAACAUGCCAAAAGAAUGAUGCCAAGACAAUGGUCAAAUUUCUCAAGAGACAAAUCUUCUCAAGAUUUGGUGUGCCCAGGAUCAUCAUAAGUGAUGGAGGAUCACAUUUUUGUAAUGCCCAAUUGGCCAAGACCAAUGGCCAAGCUGAAGUUUCCAACCGGGAAAUUAAGAGAAUCCUUGAAAAGACUGUUUCAUCUUCAAGAAAGGAUUGGGCUAUAAAGUUAGAUGAUGUUUUGUUGGCAUAUAGGACUGCCUUAAAGACUCCUAUAGGGCUAACACCCUUCCAGUUAGUCCAUGGUAAAAGAAAGCUUCAGUUGCAAGAGUUGGAGGAAAUGAGGAUGACUGCCUAUGAUUCUUCAAGGAAAUACAAAGAAAGGGUCAAGAUGUACCAUGACAAGAAGCUGAUCAAGAGAGAAUUUCAACCUGGACAGCAGGCAGUCAAGCCUUAUGGUGUUGUUGAAUUGAUGGAUCCAAAGUCUGAGGAUCCAAAUAGAAACUGGAUUGUGAAUGAGUUGGAGAGGCGAAAAUGGGAUUAUGUGUUAGCCAAUCUCCCGGAUGAAAUUGAUGAAGUUUUGGUGAAAGAGUUUUAUGUUAAUGCUUGGGACCCUGAACGUUCACAGACACCUAACACUAGAGCUUCUACGGUGCAAGGCAAGACUAUACGUUUUGACAGAAAAGCUUUGAACAGGCUAAUGCAUACACUGAUGUACAUCUCGUGCCCACUUUGCACAUUUAUGUCCAGCCAUCCCGAUCAUGAUUUGAUUGCCUCCACCUUGUACCUACCAAGUUAUGGGUAUCAGCUUGGGACCAGUGGAACACCGAUGAGGAUACUACGGAAACAUCUUAAUUCACUGGCCACCAUCUGGAGCACCUUCUCUUUGACCAACAUAUGA